UAAAAGCUUGUCAGGCUGCUUAGCAAUGGAUAGUUCUGGGGUCAGCCCUCCGAAUAAAAUGCCAGUUGGUAUAGAUGCAGAUGCUGAAGAUGAGUAUGCUUCACAGAGUAAAUUGCUUCAAGAAUACACAAAUAUCUCCUCCAUUGACAAGGCAUGGACUUUUAAGUCUGCCAGUGGAUCAGGUUCCCAGGCUAUGUUCUUAAUUAACCAACCGAAUCUUUUGGCCAACAAGAGGAGGAAACAUAUUUUAUCUAGUAAUGUCUUGAAAGACAGUAAUGGUUCUGUAAGUUUCCAGUGGACCCCAUUUCCUAUUGAAGUCACUGGCGCAUCUGUAAUGGUUCCAUCGCCGUCAGGUUCAAAGCUUCUUGUAGUUCGAAAUUCUGAAAAUGAAACUCCCACUAAACUCGAAAUUUGGGGUCCAUCUCAAUUGGAAAAAGAGUUACAUGUUCCUCAAUCUGUCCAUGGCUCCAUAUAUUCUGAUGGAUGGUUUGAGGGGAUUUCCUGGAAUUCUGAUGAAAAUUUCAUUGCUUAUGUUGCUGAGGAACCGGCUCCUUCCAAGCCCACAUUCAAUGAUUUGGGCUACAAGAAAGAAGGUUCCACCGAUAAGGACUGUGGUAGUUGGAAAGGUCAAGGGGAUUGGGAGGAGGAUUGGGGGGAAACUUAUGCUGGAAAAAGGCAGCCUGCACUAUUUGUUAUCAAUAUUAACAGUGGAGAGGUACGCUCUGUUGAAGGUGUUGGAAGGUCAUUGAGUGUUGGACAAGUUGUAUGGGCUCCAUCAACUGAAGGUUUGCCUCAAUAUUUAGUGUUCGUUGGGUGGCCAUCAGAUGCUAGAAAGCUUGGUAUGAAAUACUGCUACAACCGGCCUUGUGCCUUAUAUGCGGUCAGGGCUCCAUUUCAAGGUUCUGAAGCCAAUGCACUUCUGGACAGAGCUAACGUACCUGAAGAUGUCACCAUGCUUAACCUAACUCCGAACAUAACCAGUGCUUUCUUUCCAUGCUUCAGCCCAGAUGGAAAGUUCCUUGUCUUUUUAUCUGCAAAAAGUUCUGUAGAUUCUGGGGCACAUUCUGCGACAGAUUCACUCCAUAGAAUUGAUUGGCCAACUGAUGGGAAGCAGUGUCCUGAAGUUGUUGAUGUGGUUCCUGUCGUGAUGUGUGCUGAGGAUGGCUGUUUCCCUGGGCUUUACUGGUCAAAUAUCCUUAGUAAACCAUGGCUUUCUGUUGGAUACACUAUGAUUCUAUCUUCUGUCUGGGGUAGCACUCAAGCACUACUUGCUGUGGAUGUGUUGAGGGGAAAGGUGUCACGAAUAAGCCCUAGCAACUCAAAUCUUUCAUGGAAUGUUCUAGCACUAGAUGGGGAUAAUAUCAUUGCUGUUUGUAGCAGUCCAAUAGAUGUUCCUCAAAUCAAGUAUGGUUGUCUUGAUGAGAACGCAUCUUCAAUUGCCACCUGGAAUUGGCUAGAGGUUUCAAGUCCCAUAACUAGAUGCUCUGAGAAGGUUACGUCGCUGCUUUCAUCUCUUCAGUGUAGUAUAUUGAAAAUACCAGUCAGGAAUGCUUCUGAGAAUCUCACAAAAGGUUUUGCUGGGGCUGCAGUGCAAUAGGGUUUGGCCUGGGAUUAAUUGAGUAUUGUUG